AAUCUCGUUUCUUAUUUGUCUGUGUAUCGCACAUUUUAAUGUUUUACUUGUCAUCUGACUUUCAACUGACCUUUAUUUUCAUUUUAUGUCAAGCUUUACAAUAUAUGUUUUUCUUAUUUUUUGGCAGAAAUCCCAGAUGUAAAUAUUAUUUACAAAACGUCGGAAUAAACUUUUGAAAAUAAUCAUCUAAUCGUAUUCCUGGUCUGGCCCUCUAUGAAAUAUACCAUGGACUUCUUUGUCGCAUCAUCCUACCCACUAUAUAUAUUGUUUGCACAUGAGAAAAAUAAUUCCUUUAUCACCUACGAAGGUUCGUAGAUCAUCGAGAUGUAUGACGUUGAUUGCCGUGAGUGACGACCAGAAAAACUUGAGCAACAUCGUCGAGGGGGCUGUUGGUAACAAUGUCCUCAUCUGGCCCACAAGACUCCUGAUCGUGACUCGUUUGUCGCUUCGUGAACUUCAUCACCUCCGGAAAUCUCUUUCUGUCUCCAAUGCCAUGGUUAUGGAGUUGACGAAGAAUUCACGGAGGUGCGGUGUCUAUAUGUAUUUGCCAUACAGCCAUCGAGUCGUUCUCUCUGCGGUUUGGAAAGAGUCGACCGGGUUGGAUGUGUACGAGGACCAACAACUCUUCCCAAACAAAUUCAAGAAGUUAAGGGACGGUGCCGAGAUGAUCGUGGCAGGAAAUAAAUUGCUUCCACACUUAGAGAUCCAAGAGGUAGUCAAAGAAAGUGGCCGUGGAAGAGAGUUCUUAUUUUCAGGACCAAUGAUAAUGUUACUUCAGAUAUUAGCAACGAACAUCAACUUCACGUACAGCUUGGUUCAAUCCUCUGAUGGUUCCUGGGGCUUCCUCUUCCCAAACGGUACUUGGAAUGGAAUUAUCGGAAUGAUUCUCAAGAAGGAAGUUGACUUUGCCCUGGGCCCCUUUGGGAUAUCGUACAUCAGAUCGAGAGUUAUCGACUACACGAACCAGUUGGUAGUGGACUACGGACAGAUUCUUGGAAGGAGAGGCAACGUGGAGGUGGACCCUUGGGGAUUCCUCAUGCCCUUAUCACCGUCGAUAUGGGCAGCAACGUUUGGGACACUAAUUCUCAUAUUUACUGUUGCUGUUGUCAUCAGACGCAUCGACCGACACACUGGUUUGUCCCUGUCAAAGCUGUCUCCAACCACGUACAUCCAAGCAUUCCUGCAACAAGAUAUUGUGGUACCACCAGAUAGUGGAUGGGAAAAAGUAUUACUUGGCAGUUGGUUGUUGUGCAUCAUGAUCCUUCUUCAAUGCUAUAGCUCGAACUUGAUAACAUUACUUGCAGUGCGCCAUGUAAGAGAACCUUAUCAGUAUGUUAGAGAUGUCUUGGAUGAUGCCAAAGUCAAGAUGCUCUGGGUUGCUAAUACUGCAUAUGCGCAGUAUCUGUCGAAUGUGGAUUCAGGCAUAUUCUACGAAGUAGCUGAAGCUGGAAAACGCGGGAAAAUCAGAUUUAUUCCAGCAGCAGAGUACGAGAUGACUGUCAAUGAAUUGGUAUCACGUGGAGACUACGUUUUAUUAUAUCCUCUUCUAAUGAUGAAAAUGUUCCUUACUGAGGAUUAUAUGGAUAAAGGAAACUGUAAAUUCUACGUGUCAAAAGAAACAUUUUUACCCGUGACGUUCUGUAUGGUAGUCCCCAAAUACAGUCCUCUGCGUGGUCCUAUCAAUGAAGGGAUAAGAGCUGUAGUUGAAGGGGGGUUUUAUGAUUACUGGCUGAAAAAUUCCUUUGCUAAUGCAAAGUCCUGCAAGAAGCCACCAACGAAAAUCACUAUCAUGGAGCCUCUGUCUUUGGCGAAUCUGUGGGGCAUGUUUGUGCUUCUUGUGGGCGGUUACCUUGCCAGCUUUGUAGUCCUGUGUCUGGAAAUUUCGGGGGAAAAAAUUCUCCGGUUCUCAAGUUCCUCCACUCGCUGACUGACUUAGAAAAAAGUUAUCUUUAGAUGAGUACUACCGAUUACAUUUAAAGGCACUUACAGUCCAGAUAGAAACAGAAUCUUAAAACACCAUGGUAGUAAUCUCACACAUGUUUUCUGCUAAAAUUAUGAAGUUUGUCAUGGUGUAUCAUUAUAAAGUGUCACAUGAUUGACAACCUUGUUUUUUCCACGGGAGUGAUUGAUCGAGUUUUCAUAUUCACUGAGCCAAUAGGAGAGAUUAUGUUUGUAAACAAAUGAAGCAUAUCUGGCACAUGUGCAGUACGCUGGUGGGCAAAAGCGAACAUGGCAGACGACGCUCUCACUUAAUUUAAAUUUGCCAAGUGUUUUGUGCACACUGUACAUGUAUGGCUGGGUAAGGCUUCUUUCUUGUUUAUUAAAUUCUAUAUGUAUUCUUGUGUAGUUCUAUAUGAAUUUCUCAAAAUUUUAAAAAAUAUUCUCAAAGUUGCUUAUGAUUCAAGUGUUUUAGUCUGUUAACUUCACUUACCGUGAGGGGAAAAACAUUUCAUGGUAACAAUAAAUAUUUGAAUAAGAUAAA